AGAGGAGGCGGGGGACAACACAGCCAGCCAGCACUGGAUUUAAUCUACUAGAAAUAGCAAAGCAGCUCUUAUUUGAAAAGCUCCUGGGUUCUGAGUUAAGUAUUAUUGGAAACUCUUCUCUCCUGAGGCACAGAGAAUCUUGCUUCGGAACAGCGUUACUAGUUCAGUUCAGGCAAAUAAAAUCUAUUCCGGAGGAUAAUGGCGACCUAUAUUCUGCAAAUUGCUGGACUGAUGUUUGGCGGUGUUGGCAUGGUGGGCACGUUGGCUGUCACCAUCAUGCCUCAGUGGAGAGUGUCUGCCUUCAUCGAAAGCAACAUCGUGAUAUUUGAAAACCUCUGGGAGGGCCUGUGGAUGAAUUGCAUGAGGCACGCUAACAUCAGGAUGCAGUGCAAAGUCUAUGAUUCCCUGCUGGCUCUUUCUCCAGACCUGCAGGCAUCCAGAGGACUCAUGUGUGCUGCUUCUGUGCUGUCCUUCUUGGCUUUCAUGACAGCCAUCGUCGGCAUGAAGUGCACUAGGUGCACUGGGGACGAUGAAAAGGUGAAAGGUCACAUCCUACUCACAGCUGGAAUCAUCUUCAUCGUCACAGGCAUCUUGGUGCUCAUCCCUGUGAGCUGGGUUGCUAAUUCCAUCAUUAGGGAUUUCUACAACCCAAUAGUGAAUGUUGCCCAGAAACGCGAGCUUGGAGAAGCCCUCUACAUAGGCUGGACCACCUCGCUGCUGUUGAUUGCUGCAGGGACCCUGUUCUGCUGUGGUUUCUGCUGUACUGAGAAGAGCAGUAGCUACAGAUACUCAAUACCUUCCCAUCGCACAACCCAAAAGAGUUAUCACAUGGAAAAGAAGUCACCGAGUGUGUACUCCAAAAGUCAGUAUGUGUAGUUGCGUAUGUUUUUUAUCUUUACCUAUAAAGCCAUGCAAAUGACUACAAUACCCACUAUUUUCUAAUUAUGGAGCCCAAAGGAACAUUGAUUUACUGUUGUUGACUGCUGAACAUUAAUUACAGGAACUACACAUCAGCUGUUUAUGAUUCUAUAAGCUAUUUCAGCAGAAUGAGAUAUUAUACAUUCUGCCUUGAUUGUUUUAGGAAGUCUAGUAAUUUGCCAGAAUUGUUCAUGCAUCUAUUCCUUUUAUCAGUUACUUCAAAAUGACAUUGUUAAAGACUGUAUUAUUUUACAACUAUAAUUUCUGUGUGUCAUAGAAUUAUGUACAUGAUUGAGCAUGACAUUUGUAUCUCACAUAAAUAGAGACCAGCUUAUAUGGGUUUAUUUAAAAUGAAAUACUGAUCCAUUGUACUGAAUAAAUAGGACUCAACUAUUGCUUUUCAGGGUAAUCAGAGAUUUGAAGAAGUUAAUAUUAAUUGUUUAACAAUAACUUAGAGAUUAAGUCUAUAAUGAAAACUAAAAAUGAAGAUUGUAAUCAACAGUUUGAAGGAAAUUAAAUGGUUCUUCUGAUAUUCUGUUUUUCAGCCUAGAAGUUUAGAAAUCCUCACUCCCUUAUCUUUUCCCUAGAGGCCUUCAUUUUCUUGUGUGUUAAAUUAACAUCGUUAAAACACAGAUGGUCUGCAAGGAACUUUGUAUUCAGCCUACUUUUUCAGGACUUACUAAGAAGAAUGAUUAAAAUGUGAUGAAAAAAUAUUAACAAUCCUAAGGAAGCAAAUUAUUUUCUUCUUAAGUCCUUGUAGUUGGAUAAGGAUGCUGGUUGACAAAAAAAAAUCAUGUAUGCAUGAGAAUAUUUUAACAAUCAUUGAGUACAGACUUAAAGCUUUUAGCAAUAUAAAUAACAGCAUAGAAAAAUAACAUAUUUUGGUUUUCAUUUAAUUCCACCCCAAAAAUCCAAAAAAAAAAUAUACUUUGAGCAUUCCAUUGCUCCUAAGUGGACUUAUCUCAAAAUUGUCACCUCAGUUCUGCUGAAGAUAAAUUUCCUAUUUGUUUCAUUUUUGUUCAGGUUUACUAAACUGUGAAAUACUAUAGCUUUGUGUUUCCUCCAAAUUUGAUGAAACAGAAAAUCCAAUUUGAAAGUUUAUAUCUAUUUUUGUCCAGCUUACAUAAUUAUGCAUAUUAUGUACUUUGUCUUUUGUGUUUAUAAAUUGUGCCUUUUUAUAAUCA